GUGGGCACAUUACCAACUAAACGUGACAAGAACUUCAAAACACAAUCGUAGAGUUCCGUAAAAUUGUUUUAAAAUGGAAACCUUUAACAAUUGCGCUGGUUUCUGUCCAUCCUGUGGCUCUAUUCUGCCCCCGCUACAGGUCAAAGGCAACGUCAUCUGCUACAACUGCAAGGAGGAGUUCCUGCCGGAUGUUUACAGCGGGGAGAAGUCAGAGUUCACCAUCCAUUUUAACACUUACGAUCCCAGCAAGGUGUUUAACCGAACCAAGCGCGAGUCCGAGUCCUCGGAGGCAGAUGGCCCGGUGGUGGAGCGAAAGUGUCCCAAGUGCAACCACGACAAGAUGUCCUACGCCACCCUGCAGCUACGAUCGGCGGAUGAAGGGCAGACGGUGUUCUUUACGUGUCUGAAGUGCAAAUUCAAAGAAUCGGAGAACUCUUAGAUGCUAACACUACCUCUGUAUAUAGACUUAACAACUAGUGGAAAUAAUCGUGUUCGACAGCCUGAAAAUAUAGAAUAUACAUUUGUUAA